AUGUUACAAAGGAGAUUUUUAUCCUUCUGUGGUAUAAAGAAAUUACUUUACAAAGGAACUGAUAAGGUACUACAUUCCGUUUUCUUCAAAAUACGAUACUACUCAAUUGAUUUCAUCAAGAAAAAACAUAAAGAAGAUAUUGAGGAUUGGGUUAGAACACAAUUGAGAGAGCCCUCAAUAAUAAGCACUGUAUGUGAACCUCAAAACAAACUCGACUGGACAGGUUCCAUAAGCCAUAGCCCGAGUGGGCUAGAGGUUCUGAGAAAUCAAUAUAAUAUAGUGAAAGACAAAGAUUUUGAAAUACUAUGGAAGCAGAAAUUCAAAAGAGCGGAUCCAGAUGCAUUAAGAACGAUUAUUAACCUGUCUGCUAGCCAAAAAGUGCUGUUUUCUAUUGAACAACUACUGCUCAUAGUAUAUUCGCUUCAUUUUUUAAAAUGUGAUUACGAUAUUGGACGAAUAUACGACACGUAUGAGCAAUUCAUGCCUUUAUUAGCAAGUCGCACCGAUGGAACGACAUAUGGGAGGUUUAUCGAGAUUAUGCUGUUGGUGCAGAAUAAUUUACAUCAUUUUGAUAAUUGUGAGACUUUAUUUUCAGAGUAUAUCAAAUAUUGCAAAGUAAACCCUCACAUGAUUUCAUUGGGAUUAAACUCUUUCACAAGAAAUAACAAUACUCAAUUAGCCGUAGAGUUUUACACACAAGCAAUUACCAAUCCUGAUACUUUCCCCAUCACCGAAAAACAGCUUUUUGAAUUUCUCCGGUGCAUGCAAGGAUACUUGGACAUAUCUAAUAUGAAGCAUGUCUUUCAUCUGUGGCUGAAAGUGAAGUGUAAUGAUGAGGAGCCUUCCUCGACUGAUCUUCCCUCGUUCAGAACUCUCGCUUUAAUGCACAAAAUGUUUCUAAGGUUCCCUAGUGCGGAUGAGCUGAAAGAUUUUUUGACUAAUCCGGUGGUUUUGAAUACGGGAUACACUUCUAGUGUGCUAUUCGACUCAGUUGAGUUUUGUCACUCUUUAUACUCCAUUAAGGGAAGUAAGGAGAAGAGUAUUGAUGAUUCAGCAAUCAUGCAAAAAGUUGACGAAUUCAUGAUAAGAUUAAAUGACGAUAUUCCAACACGGAAAGAACUUUAUAUGUCAGUGGUUAAAGCAUACGUCUCAACAAACGAUUUUGCAAAUUUAAAAAUCAUUUUGGAAAAAGUACAAAAUGACAAAUAUGUCGACAUAGAUGGUUCUUUCCACUUAAGUGUUUCUAGGUAUUUUGUGAACACCAAUAAAUUCGAAGGACUUUUCAGGUAUUAUUACACCAUCGUCAAAAGUGCCGGUAAUAGAACCCGAUUGCGGCCUGCUUUUAUUCAGCAAUUAUGGUCCUGUGCUGUAAACACGUAUCCAAUGCUGACGAAAGAAAUUACUAAUGACAUAUUAGUGACACUGAAAAAGGACCAAUAUACCAGAAAGCUUACAUGGGUAAAUUCAUUUUUACAAGAAAAGGCCCAUAUUCAUACCCAAAAAAUCAAUGGCGGAGAGGAGUCUUCGUUAUCUGGAUUCAGUGCAGUUGAUUUCGAAAGGUUUCGAGAAUUCAAGGAAAAAGUUUUUCACAAUGAUGUGUAUGGAGCAGAGUUGGUAGUUUCAAAUAGUUUAAAAGAGGGCAUUACACCCCAGUUUUCUUUUUUAUACUCUGUUUUGACAUUGUGUUUGGACAAUUCUUUAACCAAUUUGGCACACGUAGUUGAUAGGAUACUGAGAACUAAAUUUUAUUAUGUGCCAUUGAAAGUCGAUAUAUUAUGGUUAAAAUGGGACGUCAUCUCAAGUUACAGGUCAUUUGAAAAACUGCCAGUUGAACGCUUAACAGAACUGGAGUUCAAAUUAAAGGAAUUUGAGCAAAGCCAUAAGAGAGAGCUAUCAGCACAGAACUAUUUACAACUUACACAGAUCUGUUUUCAUACGCGUGAUUUCAAAUAUGCCUGUUACUUAAUAUCACAGGCUAGAAAAUUUUUGGAUGCUUCCAAUAACAGACAGUGGAUGAUGUAUUACAUGACGUCCUUGAAGUUAGCCGCAAGAAUGCAUGAAAGCGAACGAUUCAGUAGGAUUUUAAAGGACUGGAAUAGUAACCAUAGGGCCAACCUAAUUACUUCCGGCUGCAUUAGACAGAUCAAAGGAUUUAUGAAAUACUUCGAGAAAAGAUCAGCAUACAUUUCGACAGCCACUUCCUUUGACGGUAAGGAAAUUAAGAGCCGGAUUGGCGAAUUGGUGGCCCGAUAUGUGGAUUACAAGUUUCAAGGACUAGAAAAUAUGAAAAAAUUAACCAACUUUCUCAAAGAAUGGUUUGAUGAAGAGAUUUCAUUGUUGAAAACGGAACAAAAUAAAAGGAAAAGGGAGCUUUUCAAAGAGAAUAAAAGAGGGGGAAUUUGA